AUGUGCGAGUACACAGGGGUGGACGAUCCUCUCCGGGUAACGCGCCAUGAUCUUUCGGCUGAUUCUCUGAAAAGGAGAUUCAAGAUGCUGGUGAAGGUAGGUCGGGGCCAGCCGGUCCCGGAACUGGUCAAAGACAUCAACACCAACGACAAAUGUCCUCCGCUCGAUACUUUGGCGGAAGAAGAUCUACGCGCAAUACUCCGAGUACCUGUCAGUGGUGACGCGGCGGAGGAGGAUCCGGAAGACCCUGAAGAGGAAGAGGUGCAUGCGCCCCGAAAGGCUGCCCCUCGACCUUCGAAGCGUCCCCGCGCUAAAGUUUCCGGCCCCGAUGCCGGAGGCAGCAGCGAGGCCGCCGCCAAGAAACCCAAAGUGACCAAGCCGCCUCCGCUCGACUCCAAGAAGGCGGAACGCGAGCGCCUUAAGCUGCUGACAACAGCAGGGAAGCGUUCUCGUCCCAACAUUCCGGGAGCGGCGAUUCCAAGUACCACCACCGCGCGGACCAGCGCCCAAGAGCCAAUCACCAAAUAUAUGACAAAAAAGUCACCCGCCGUUGGUCCCGCGACGCCAGCUCCGCCCAGCGUCCCCUUACCUACUACACAACCAUCUCCCCCUCCCGCGGAUCGAUCUCCAGCUCCUGCUGCAUCCACUCCACCGGAAAUAAUUCCGGUUAGCAGCGACAGAGCGAGCGGAGAAAGUUCCGGCGGCAAAGGCCCUGCCCCUGAAGAAACUGAAGCAGAAGUCCAUGAAGAGGCAGAAGUCGCUUUUUCCGGCAAAGCUGCAGCUGCGACUAGUGAUAUGGUCAUCUUCCCGAAGAAUUUUGGAGAUCCGACUGAUCUUACCUCCACCCCAAAAGCCUACGCCACAAAGUUCUUCAACAAACUAACUGAGGCGGAAAAGUGGGAGCUGGAGCAAGAUCUGCUCAACUCGAUGCUGAACAAUGCCUGGGGCAAACCCGACGCCAAAACGUUGGAAAUCCAAAACUUCAAGAAGGAGACAUGCCAAUUCCUUGACAAGCUUAUCUGCAAACGAAAGGAACAGCAGGCUUUGCACUAUGAAUUGCACAAGAAUAUUGCUCUUCAGCGCCGCGUUACCCUUAGCCAAGCGGAACAAAUUCAAAACCUCCAAGAGGAUAAUGCGGAUCUGAAGAAGCAACUAUCGGAAGCUCAAGGUGCAUCCUCAUCUCUUGCUGCAGCCUCUUCCGAGCUGGAAACCCUGCGAACCUCCCAGAAAACUCUUGAGGCAAGGCUUGCCGAGGUGGAGAAAUCGCUCGCUGAGAAGAAGUCGGAGCUGAUCCGCAAGGAGGGCGAAUUCCAGCUCAAGAGGAGAACUGACAGUGAAACCAUCAAGGCGCAGCAGAAGGAGCUAGGGGGACUCCGAAAAUACAUAAAGACAGCGGAAGAUUGCUGGGACCGACUGAACUCCGACUUCAUGGCUGCGACUAGUGAUAUGGUCAUCUUCCCGAAGAAUUUUGGAGAUCCGACUGAUCUUACCUCCACCCCAAAAGCCUACGCCACAAAGUUCUUCAACAAACUAACUGAGGCGGAAAAGUGGGAGCUGGAGCAAGAUCUGCUCAACUCGAUGCUGAACAAUGCCUGGGGCAAACCCGACGCCAAAACGUUGGAAAUCCAAAACUUCAAGAAGGAGACAUGCCAAUUCCUUGACAAGCUUAUCUGCAAACGAAAGGAACAGCAGGCUUUGCACUAUGAAUUGCACAAGAAUAUUGCUCUUCAGCGCCGCGUUACCCUUAGCCAAGCGGAACAAAUUCAAAACCUCCAAGAGGAUAAUGCGGAUCUGAAGAAGCAACUAUCGGAAGCUCAAGGUGCAUCCUCAUCUCUUGCUGCAGCCUCUUCCGAGCUGGAAACCCUGCGAACCUCCCAGAAAACUCUUGAGGCAAGGCUUGCCGAGGUGGAGAAAUCGCUCGCUGAGAAGAAGUCGGAGCUGAUCCGCAAGGAGGGCGAAUUCCAGCUCAAGAGGAGAACUGACAGUGAAACCAUCAAGGCGCAGCAGAAGGAGCUAGGGGGACUCCGAAAAUACAUAAAGACAGCGGAAGAUUGCUGGGACCGACUGAACUCCGACUUCAUGGAUCCGCUUGGAUACAAUGAAGAACGCCGGAGCCAGUUCCCGCGCGACGAUCUGCUUCAGUUAGCCGGGGAAGACUGCAAAGCCCUCAUUUCCGCCUCCAGGAAAAUAUGCCACAACCUUAAUAUCAAAGAGAGCCGAACCUGCGAUGUGCGCGGGCUUAUUGAUAGGAUGGAUGUGCUCCCGGAAUUGCUAGUGGAUCUGCAAGCUUCCUCGGCGCGGGGCGCAGCUGCCAUGUCUUUAGCCAUGUGCUUGGCGCAUCAUCCGGAGCUGAAUCUUGAACAAGUGACUGCUGGUGUUCCUCCGGGCGCGGACGUCAACGCGCUUCUGGAUGCAGUUGUCGGUUAUGACACGCGCAUUGCCCAGAGAAUUCGCCAUAACGAAUUUUAUGAUAAGGCAGUUCUUCCAGCCGAUGAGCCUCUUGAAGCGGAGCUUCAUCAGGAACGUGAGGCGGAGUCCAGACCUGCCGAAUCCGGAAGUCGGUACACUUGGACAAGCUCGAAGGAUCAAAGUGGCGCUGCGACUCCGGCUGCAGAUGAGGAAGAAGAUGACGAAGAUGCCUCCUCUCCCACAAAGGACGCAGAAAAAGAUGUCACCGAGGCUGAAGUCAAUGUUGAAGCUUCUCCGGCUAAGGAGAAGUAG